ACGACUUUUCCACAACCACCCUCUUUCCAUUUCAAUAUCUCCCUUUUUCCCCAACAACCCAGAUUUCAAUUCCAACAUCUCGAUUGCAGAAAUGAGUACGGGGGAACUCGUCAGCGUUGAUCCUGUUGAGCUCAAAUUCCCUUUUGAAUUAAAUAAACAGAUCUCUUCUUCGCUUCAAUUAACCAAUAAGACCGACAAUCAUGUCGGAUUCAAGGUGAAAACGACGAAUCCGAAGAAGUAUUGUGUUCGUCCCAACACCGGAGUUGUUUUGCCUCGAUCAACAUGUGAAAUCAUGGUAACAAUGCAAGCUCAGAAAGAUGCUCCUCCUGACAUGCAAUGUAAGGACAAGUUUCUCCUUCAGAGUGUAGUUGCAAGCCCAGGAGCAACCCCAAAGGACAUCACCCCUGAAAUGUUCGCUAAGGACUCAGGGCGAGUGGUGGAAGAGUGCAAAUUGAGAGUGGUAUAUUUUCCUGCGACCCCAUCAACUUCAGCAGCCAUUGCACAGGGAACAGUAGACGACGUGUUUUCACCGAAGGCAUCACCGAGGGCAUCAGUGAUCGAUAGGGGGAAUUUGAGUGGCACUGAGGCUUCAAGAAGAUAUGUGGAUUCUCAUGACAAAUCCUCGGAGGUGAGAGCCCUUAUUUCACAGUUGACAGAUGAGAAGAAUGCUGCUAUUGAACAAAGUAACAAAAUUCGAAAAGAAUUGGAAGUCUUGAGGCAAGCAAGCAACAAAAGCGAAGGGGGUGGCGUGUCUUUGAUUGUUGCAAUCAUCAUUGCGUUGAUUGGGCUGAUUCUCGGGUAUAUCAUGAAGAAUUAAUUCGAUAUCCGUCGAGUAGAAAUUUCUUUUCUUUCCUUAAAUGGUCAUAAUUGAUGUAGGAAAGGGAAGAAAUUCAUGAGUGGUUUGUUUCACUUCUUUUUUAUCCCUAAAAGUAGUCUUAUGAUCAUUAGAAGAGAAACUUGUAGUUGCAAAAAUCUGGUAAACAUUGCAUUUGAUGCUGUUAUCAAUUCUUUUGUUAAGCUAAGAAAAUUAGUUUGGUGGUGGUUCUUUUU